CACGGAUGCGGAAGUUCGGAAUCGUUGUUUUGCUAAACCAGUAGCUCCGUAGCUAUCAUCGACAGUCUGGUUUUGUGUUUUUUGUUUUGUUUUGUUUUUUAUGGUCGUUAAUAAGUAAACAACACUCAUGGUCAGGAUGACACAGAAGCACUGCCUGGAGGGCCAGGUGUACUCAGUGCCUCUCAUCCAGCCAGACCUGAGGAGAGAGGAGGCUGUUCACCAGAUAGCAGAUGCAUUGAUGUACUUGGAGACAAUUUCUACAGACAUCUUCAGAAGGGUGUCUGACAGUGUCGAGAAAAACCGUCACCAACUGAAGAGCAUCACUGACCGGAUCAGACUAGCUCAGGCCCGUGUUGACAAGAUUAAAGGCAGCAAGAAGGCCACUAAGGUUUUCUCCAGUGCCAAGUACCCAGCCCCGGAUCGACUCCAGGACUACUCCUCUAUCUUUGCUGGGGCUACAGACCCCUCUUUACAAACCCGGUCCCGACACAGGAUACAGAAUAAACUGCGGCCCUUUGAUGAAAAGGCUUUACAGGAGAAGUUAAUGUAUUUGCCAGUGUGCGUGAGAAAUAAGAAGAAGACUGAGGAUGAGACAGAAGAAGGAUUGGGCAGUCUGCCGCGUAACAUCUCAUCUGUCAGCUCUCUUUUACUCUUUAAUACCACAGAAAAUCUAUAUAAGAAGUAUGUGUUUCUUGAUCCUUUGGCGGGAGCAGUGACAAAAACACACACAACACUAGAGACAGAAAAAGAAGAUAAACCAUUUGAUGCUCCUCUGUCCAUUACAAAAAGAGAGCAACUGGAGAGACAGAUAGCAGAGAGUUAUUUCUAUGUGCCAGACCUGGGUCAAGUGCCUGAGAUAGAUGUGCCGUCCUACCUGCCAGACCUGCCAGGUAUUGCAGACGACCUGUCUUACAGUGCAGACCUUGGGCCUGGAUUCGCCCCCUCGGGACCCACACACAACAUCCCAGAGCUGCCCUCCUUCUCUGAGGAGAGCAAUGCACCAGGAACUCAGCUCCAAACUGAUGGCACACCGCCUCCACCACCUCCCCCUCCCCCUCCUCCCCCUGAGCCUUCCCUUCCUCCCGCAGCUUCUGUAUCAGCUCCACCUCCACCACCACCCCCACCCCCUCCUCCUGCAGACAGCUCCACCGAAAAGUCCCAAGUACCAAGUUCAGGUCCUGUGGCUGGUGCACCCAGCGAGGUGGUCCAGCCGUCAGAUGGCCGUGCCAGCCUGCUGGAGUCUAUCCGCAAUGCUGGGGGCAUCGGCAAGGCCAAGUUACGCAAUGUUAAGGAACGCAAGCUGGAGAAGAAGAAACAAAAGGAGCAAGAGCAAGUAGUCGGAGUGGCUGCCAGUGGUGGAGACUUUAUGUCUGAUCUCUUCAAUAAACUCGCCAUGCGACGAAAAGGCAUAUCUGGUAAGGGUCCAGUGGGCGGAGAGUCAGGCGAUGCUCCUACUGGUCCUUCUGGCGCAUUUGCCAGGAUGUCAGAUGUCAUCCCCCCACUUCCUGCGCCACAGUCAACAGACGAUGACGACUGGGAAGCGUAAUGGACAGUGAACACAGCAUUUGGUACCCUUUGAUAUGGUUGUUUAAAAUGACUUAAUUUCCCUCCAACACAGAAAUACUAUAAAAAGUGAUUGUAAAAUGGGAAAUGCAAAUAAUCAAACAAUUUAUUGGUGUUGAAUUUUAGGAGAACAUGCUAAACAAUUAACAACCAAAACACUGAUGAUGGAACUGUUCUGCAGGCUUUGUAUUACAUAACACUUUGCUUUGAAUUCUAUGAAUAUUUAAAAUUUCAGGAGUAAAUCAGUCACAUAUUGCUAUGCCAGUGCUGUGCCUGAUAUGUCUAGUGGCUGUUUCAAUAAUGCAUUUUUAACAAGCUAAAUUUAAAAAUAGAUGAGAAGUCAUUUUCUUCUUUUUUUUUUUUUUUACAUCUAGACUGAUAACCCUGAGUAAAACUGUUAAUUGCCCCUUUAGCCUGUGUUUGCAUUGUGCAUCAUUCUUCACUCAUUAGACAUGUUGCUGGGCCAAAACAGAACAAAAUAUAGAGUAUAUAAAAAGUGAAAUAUAAAAUAAAUAUGAAAAUUGAAAAA